UCCUGAGAAGAUAAUCCCUAUACACUCAUGACAUCAUCCCCUCUAACAUACAUAUAUAGGGAAUGGCCACAGCCUCUCUCAUAGUUCCCUCACAUUCAGAGCUCUAAGGAGAGCCCCCUUCUGGCUUUUGUGGACUUGGCUUGGUAGAAGGCUGAAGAAUAUGAUGGCAGGAAUGAAAAUCCAGCUGUUCUGCAUGAUACUUAUGGCAUUCAGCUCCUGGGGUCUGUGCUCAGAUUCUGAAGAGGAAAUGAAGGCAUUAGAGGCAGAUUUAUUGACAAAUAUGCAAGCAGCAAAGAUCAGCAAAGCAAGUGUUCCCUCUUGGAAAAUGACCCUGCUGAAUGUUUGCAGUCUUAUAAAUAACAUGAACAGCCAAACUGAGGAAGUGGGAGAGAUUCAUGAAGAAGAGCUUGUUACUGGAAGGAAGCUCCCAGUUGUUUUAGAUGGCUUUAGUUUGGAAGCAAUGCUGACAAUACUCCAGCUUCAAAAAAUCUGUCACAGCAGGGCCUUUCAACACUGGGAGAUAAUUCAGGAAAAUAUUCUUGAGAAUGGAAAUGACAAAAAUGAGAAGGAAGAAGUCAUAAAGAGAAAAAUCCCCUACAUUUUGAAAAGGCAGCUGUAUGAAAAUAAAUCCAGAAGACCUUAUAUACUCAAGAGAAGUUCUUACUAUUACUAAGAAGAUAAAUAUUUUAUUUACAUGUAGCUGUGAUUUAUCAUUUUUAAAUAUCUAAUUAUAUUUGUGUGAAAAUGUGACAAUAUGUUUAUUUUACUCCUUCUCCAACUGUAGUUUACUGGAUUUAUUCUGCAUUAUUAUACAGUGGUCUAAAUGUUUUCAAAUAAAUCUACAUCUUGAGCAUGAUUGGUUGUAUAUAAUUGGAAUAGAUAUUAACCAUGCUACACAUAAACUAUUUUGCGAUUUUACAAAACAAAUUAUGAGUUAUUUAAACUUUCAAAAUAUAUGAUCUUUUAUAUGAAAUUGUAAGAGGUUAUAACAACAUAUGGCAACAAAGUUUAACCUACAUAUCAUUAGCAAAACAAAGAUAAUGACAAGUCUUACUAUUUUAUAGUCUUACCAUAUUGAAAGAAAUAUGUACUCCUUUCCAACACUUGGAUAUCUUAGAUGUAAGGAAAGUUACUGCCAUAUAGUAGAACCACUUGAAGAAGUGAUUAAUGAGCUAUUGUUAAUUAUGUUAUUUUAGCAAAUGAGCUUCAAGUGAAUGUUUUGUCUGUUAAAUGAAUUUCAUAGCUAAUAAAAAAGCAAUCAGCCAUCAGAA